UCAAACUAAUAACAAUGGCCGCAAAGCUACUAUUGGUUUCCCUCUUGACACUUCUCUUCUGCUUCUUCUCCCCUUCUCUAUCCGCCACAACAACAGACGGCAAUCACCACGACGUCAAAUGGUGGUGCGACCAAACCCCGAACCCGGACCCGUGCAACCACUUCCUCGUGGCCCAAAACCCGCAACCCGCUACCGUCACCUCUUCCUUAGCCUUCCGCAAAACCGCCAUCCAACUCGCCAUGGGCCGGGCCAUGACGGCCCAGGCCCACAACAAACAACUCGGAACGAAGUGCCGCACCCGCAAAGAAAAGGCCGCAUGGGCCGACUGCAUGGACCUCUACACCGCCGCCGUCCACCACCUCAACGCCACCCUAACCGAGCCCAAAUCCACCGACUCCGACGCCAGGACCUGGCUCAGCGCCGCGCUGACCAGCCUCGACACGUGUCGGGCCGGGUUCCGGGACGUCGGGUUGUCGGGUCCCGCCCACCGCCUCCUCCCGAUGAUGACCAACAACAACGUCUCCAAGCUGCUCAGCAACGCCCUCGCCGUGACCGGCGCCGUCGGCGGCGGCGAGGACUUUGACCCGCCGCGUGGUGAGUACAGAGACGGGUUUCCGAGCUGGCUCAACGCCGGGGACAGGAGGAGGCUGCUGCAGUCGCCGGCGGCGGAUGUUGUGGUGGCGAAGGACGGGUCGGGGGAUUUCAGGACGGUGGCGGAGGCGAUCAAGGCGGCGGGGAAGAGGGGAGGUGGCCGGAGGUUUGUGAUAAGGGUGAAGAGAGGGGUGUAUAAGGAGAAUGUGGAGGUGGGGAGCGGGUUGAAGAACGUGAUGCUGGUCGGAGAUGGGAUGAGGAAUACUGUUAUUACCGGCAGCCGGAGCGUCGGCGGUGGGUCUACUACUUUCCGGUCUGCGACGUUUGCGGUGAACGGCGCCGGAUUCAUCGCCCGCGACAUCACCUUCCGCAACACCGCCGGCCCACAGAACCACCAGGCGGUGGCCCUCCGAUCGGACUCCGACCGGUCGGUAUUCUACCAAUGCAGCAUCGAGGGCUACCAGGACACGCUCUACGUCCACUCCCAACGGCAGUUCUACAGGGAGUGCUACAUCUACGGCACGGUGGACUUCAUCUUCGGCAACGCCGCCGCCGUCCUCCAGAACUGCAUGAUCUACGCGAGGCGGCCGAUAAAGAGCCAGAAGAUCACGAUCACGGCGCAGGCCAGGACCGACACGAACGAGAACACGGGCAUCUCGAUCCACAACUCUCGGGUCCUGGCUGCCGCGGACCUGAAACCGGUGGUUGGAUCGUUCAGGACGUUCUUGGGCAGGCCCUGGAGAAAGUACUCCCGCGUUGUGUUCAUGAGGACGUACCUCGACUCGCUGGUUGAUCCGGCGGGCUGGCUCGAGUGGGACGGCGAUUUUGCGUUGGAUACUCUUUACUACGGCGAGUAUGGGAACACGGGUCCUGGAGCUCCGACGGGUCGGAGGGUGAAAUGGCGGGGUUACAGGGUCAUCAGGAGUGCGGCUGAAGCGUCGAGGUUUACUGUUGCCAACUUCAUUGCGGGAAGGUCGUGGCUUCCAGCUACAGGUGUCCCAUUCAACUCUGGUCUUUAGUAACUCUGUCGUCAGAAUGUUCUGCACAGCCUGCGAAAAAACUGAGUCACAUUUGUCAGUUCCUGGAUUCUGCAAUUUCAUCUUGUACUCGUAGUUCUGUUUGAUUUUCGGGGAAAUUUGUGAAGAUACUUGUUGUAACUUGUAAAGGCCUGAAAUGAUUGUAUAUAAAGAUGAUAUGUUUUUGUCAUUAUUGGAUCAUUUGUCAUUUGAACAUUGCAUCGAUAUAUAAGUCAUUGAGACUGUACCACAUUCGAUAUUACGAGUUAGUAUAGAUCACUAAGUUACAGAAUACUGAAUACCUUCACCGCACAAACUGAGCCGUUAAACAACUGCCUUCGCACUUAAUGCCAAUUCCUGUACCCCAUUGACAAAGAUCUUCUGCGCAACUUCAUCCGAACCUUCUGCGCAAGAUACCACUUCCGGGACAAGAGCUGCAAUGCGUGCUCAAGAUGGAUCUGUAUAAGUCAACCUAAAUAUAUCACAGAGGGAAGA